AUGGCUGGCUGUAUGCCUAUGCAAGGGAUGUAUAUGCCAAAUGCUAUGGGAAAUCCAAAUAUGCCUAUGUUUCCAAUGAAUAUGAACAAUCCAUUCUUGACUACGAAUCCUUAUCUUACCUAUCAAUCAUCUAUGUAUGGAAGAUUUCGACAUGUUAAUCGUUCUAGUCCUUCUUAUCGGCACGCUCCUUUUGAUUGGUAUCGACCACCAAAAACAUAUCAUGUUGUGCACGAGGAUGCUGCUGUUUUAACAUUAGACGGUCCGAUACCGAUCGGAGACUUUUACAAAUACUACAUUUACGGAGGAAACGACUUGGAGGACGAUUAUGAUGACGACUACGAGAUUGCUGAUGAAUAUGAUGAUAGUUACAGCGGGCGACCUGGACAGACCUCGCACUAUGAACAACAAAGCGUAGGCUAUCGACGUCGUCCUAAUAAUCCUAUCGACCAAUACGAUGAGGAUGACAUGGGGGAAGUGGAUAGAUUAGAUACCGGACGUCCGCCUUAUCCGGUACCGUCAUCAAACAGAUACACUAGCCUCGGUCAGAAUCGUUCGAGACCAGGAUAUUAUCGACAAAAUUAUCGACGUACAAAUGUUAAUGAUACUGACUCUCUAAUUGGGAAUAUGGACGAUAAUGUUUCUGUAAAUAGUACAUACAAUUAA